AGUCGGACAGGGAUCCACACAUCACACAGCGGUCAGUUGUGAGUGAUUAAACUUAGUGGCCUGAUGAGUCGCGCUGUGUGAAGGCCAGUAUGCUUGAGCAGUGUGAUCUGGGAUGGAGGCACCGCUAAUGGUGGGGAGGGGAACCGGAGGAACUGCCAGCUUUAACCUCAUCGUCGUCGUCCUCCUCCUCUCGGCCAGGAGCUCCCGAGAGCAGAAAGGGGAUGGCUGUGGACACACAGUGCUUGGAGUGGGCAGCGGCAGCCUGGCAUCACUGGGCUACCCUAUCUUCCACCCCGCAGACUCGGUUUGUGAGUGGGAGAUCAGCGGUAGUGUCGGAAACACACUUCUCCUGCGUGUGGCGGACCUCGACAUGAAUACAAACAACUGCCAGGUGUCGUACCUCCGACUGUUCAAUGGCAUAGGAGCGGGCAGAACCAAGAUCGUUAAGUUCUGCAGCGGAGAUGUGAGUGGGCCAAAAGUUGUGGAGUCAUCAGGUCAUCAGGUCACAGUGCAGUUCAUGAGCGGCCCACACAGCCUCGGGCGGGGAUUUUUCCUCUCUUAUGCCAGCAGCCCACAGCCAGAUCUGAUCUCCUGUUUAGAGAAAGGUACAGACUUCACUGAUGCUGAGUUCAGUAAAUUCUGUCCUGCUGGGUGUUUGACUGACUUCAGCCAGGUGUCUGGAACCAUACCUCAUGGAUACAGAGACACAUCUGCUUUGUGUCUGGCGGGUAUCCAUGCUGGCGUGGUGUCAAACACACGCGGAGGACAUAUCAGUGUAGUAAGCAGUAAAGGCAUCCCAUACUAUGACAGCACACUGGCCAACAAUGUCACCACUGUAUCAGAAAACCUCUCCCGCAGCCUCUUCACUUUUAAAACCAGCGGCUGCUAUGGUACACUGGGUUUGGAGUCAGGUGUGGUCAGUGACUCACAGAUCACUGCCUCCUCCGUGUGGGAGUGGAAUCGUCACAGCAAUACACCAUCGGUCUGGGCAGCCUCAGGGGCGCGGCUGAAAAAGCCUGGGCUUCCAUGGGGAGCCGCCAACGGAGACACAAAGCAAUGGAUUCAGGUGGAUCUGAAGAGAAAAAAACGAGUGACAGGAAUCACCACCACUGGCUCCACUUUACUUGAGUACCAAUGUUUUGUUUCUACCUACCGUGUGCACUACAGCAAUGAUGGACAGAACUGGACGGCCUAUCUGGAAGCAGGUUCAAACCAAGACAAGGUUUUUCAAGGAAAUACAAACUACUUUCACGAAGUGAGAAACAACUUCAUCCCACCGAUAGAGGCUCGCUUUAUCAGAAUAAUUCCCUCUCAGUGGCAUCAGAGGAUCGCCCUUAAAAUGGAGCUGCUUGGCUGUCAGUUACCUGCAGCUGGGCCACGGAUGUUUCACCCUGCACCUCCUCCCAAAAGAAGCACUGUGCCUCCACUACAGGAGCGAACAACACACACGCCCAACGUUCGAAACGUCACCAUGCCUCCACAUUCUCAUAACGAAGUGGCAUUGGUGGCGGUGUUGGUUCCUGUGUUGGUGGUGCUUCUCACAGCUCCAGUGCUGAUGAUUGUGUGUGCAUGGUUGUGGAAGAGCAGGAAAAGUCCUGAAGUGACCUAUGAUCUUCCACACUGGGAUCGUACAGAUUGGUGGAAGAGCAUGAAACAGCUGUUGCCGUCUAAGCUGGAUGGUGAGGUAGGUGUGCGCUACAGCUCUACUGCCCGAACUGAACACCAAAGACCACGGGUCGAACCUGCAGAAUAUGCUCAUCCUCUUGUUGCCGGUACCAUGGCCUCUCUGGGUCAGAGGUCAACGUUUAAGCCUGAAGAAGGAGCUGACCCCGAGUAUGAUGCCCCCUUGACCCCUGGACAGUACCAUGCUUAUGCAGAACCCCUCCCUUCCUCUGGAGCUGAGUAUGCUAUUCCCAUCACCAUCGACAGAGCCAAUCACAUAUCGGGAGGUACGUUACCUUUCCAGAGCAGAGGCCGGGGCUUACUGGCCCAAACAGACAGCAAGCAAUCAGAGAGGUCCAUGUACGACACUCCCAAAAGCACAUCAGACCAAGCAGAGCCCACAUCCGGGCAGUUAUACCAGGUGCCUCAGAAUUGCAACAGUCCACCUUGCCAAGAAAUAGACUGACCAAUCAGAGCACGGUGCUCAUGUCCAGUCAGAACUUAAAUCCUAACGCUAACCACCAUGUUUUUAAGAAAUGUGGACACAUGUCAUGUUCGUGCUCGUAGCUGUGUGUCACUGUCCCAGUCUCUUUAAAUAGUGUGCCGUAGCAGUCCUAUCACUGAAAUUCCACACCGGAAUGUCUGAGACGUGAGGUAGGCAGGGAGACCGUUACACUACUGUUUUAGCUUGUGUCUGUGUGGGAAUGUGUGUGUCCUAAUGUGAGAUCGUAUCCGUGAAUGUUCUCUGCCAUUAAACUGUGAGUCCGUUUACUUUUCCUUUACUAGUAAGAGGAGUCACUCCAGAAGUCUUAGUCUGAGGCCUGUGUUUUUCACCACGUGUGCAUGUGAAUUCUUUUGUGUGUUAAAGGCAUAAUUGUUGUAUCCACUAGGGGGCGGAUCACCACCUGAACCUUUUUUUAACAUCAGGAGAACUGGCUAUGACCUUAAGGUACAACUGUAAUAAACAGUAGGCUAUCUCAGGCUUGGUCAUGUAUGCGGUUUAAGAUUUAGCAUCUAUUCUGUGUCAUUCUGGGAUGCGUAAGAAAUUAUUUCUUUUUAAUAAAUGUCUCUCCAUCAUCAGGACUUCUCAUAAUCGUGACUUUAUUCAAACACCUUUUUCCUUUGUUCUAAUUUGGAUGAUUCAUUUGGAGAUUACUGCUUUUACCUGCCAGAUAUGACGUCAAAUUGACCUGGCUUGUUAUCUGCUGAUUUUCAGCCAUGCAAGCCCCCAUUAGUGGUUAUGCCAGAAGGAUAUGUUUACACAGCACUCAGAGGUGAUUUUCUGGUUACAUCCCAAACCACAUCCUAUCUACUACAUAGUGUUUAACUAUACAGUAGUGUGUGAUUUUUGGGGCACUGUCUGCAUCAUCUACUGUCAUUAUUUCAAGAGCCUCCUUCAGGAAGCAUGGACUGCUUUAAAAUUUAGAACCGAGUUUGGUUGUGUCUUAAUAAGAGUGAGAGAAUUUCUGGCAGGUUUUUAUAGACACAACAUCAUGUUAGAGAGAGAUGACUGUGAUUCCAGGCAAAGCUUUUCAGUACUUUUUAAUUCUAUAGCCUUGUGGCCUUUAGUUUAAAACUACAGAAAAAAAACAUAAUAACUGUAAUUUAGACACUGAUUACACAGUAAAAAGGCACAAAUGCUUUUUUUUUUUUUUUUUUCUCAAAUGGCAUCCUUUGUGCUGCAUAGUGUGCAGCUUCACUGUUGAAAGUGCACUACAGUGCAGUGCGAUUUGGGAUACAGCCUACUUCAGCUGCAGCUUUACUCAGAGUUUCACAUCCUGAGGCUUAUACUGGGUAAAUCAUUUUAAAAGUUUGGCUCUGUCCUCAGAAAACUUCAUUCCCAUCCACCUUCAAGCCAAAAUCAGCCACAGUUCUUCAGAAACAAAUCUCAUUAGGAGGAGACAGCUGGCCUUGCCAGAAAAUAUCUUGUCACACACAACACUGUCAAGUCAGAACAUGACAGUUCCCCCAGUGCAGAACUAAAGAGGAAACAUCACACACCACGUUCUGUAAUGGUUGGCUGAUCCAGAACAUUUUGUGCAAUUGAUUACUGCUGAGUUGCUUGUUUAUAACAUAUAAUCCCCACAGAUCGGUACUUACAGAUCAGUAAUGGCUUAUUGAUGGAUGGCAGAUUCAUGAUUUGAAAAUGGUACAUCUUAAAAUGGUCUCAUCCUUUUAUGCAAAAAAACUGAUAAUUCCUUCUUCACACUCGUGGAACCGUAUGGAGAAAUAUUUUUCAUUUUUAAGAACUGUAUUUUUUCCAUAUUGCAAUAGUUGACGUUCGUGCUGGAAUUUCACAGUGACGUGUAGUGCCUAAACCAUCGUUCCUAACAGAUCCUGAGCUCCGGGAUGUACUGUUGUCAUAGAUACACUGUUGCCUUGAGGCGCCUUGUCAAAUGUGACACUUCUGCGCUGAAUGAAUAAAUAUACCAGUUUGUUCGCCUGGUCGAAUCCAUCAAUGCCUUUAAAUAUUAACAUUGAGAAGUGCUUUGAUCCUGAACGCCAAAUAAUGACCAGAUCCAGUCUAAUCAUCAGUGAAGUGUUCUAUAGAAGUAUCAGACCAAAAGAUCCAUUUAUUAGAACAGAAGUGCCAGUAGAACGUCUCAUGCUUCACUCAUCAUAUCUACACUUGAUCUGAUGAGCCUACAGUUUAAAAAGUGUAAUUAUGGUACUACGAAGUCAGAUAAUAAGCAAAGCAGAAUCACACUGGGUUUCUGACACGGUGAACUCUGGGUGUGUAUGAGUGAUCCGUUUCAUUGUCUUAUUGUGUUUAAUAUCCACAUUGUGAUUGUGUUGAUGUGACAGUUUCUGUGUCUGUCUGUGCACUGUAUUCAAUGACUGUGUGUCUCUUCUAUUUACUGUAAGUGAUUUUUCUGUCCGUACUGUAGAAUGAUUGUAUAAAAUGAUUGUAUAGAAAUGGCAAAUUGAAAUUUUAAUAAAAAUAUAAAUACAGAUCA